GGGUGUGACGUAAGUUUAGCGGGGGAUUCAGUCCUUGUGUUUGCAAGAUCUGUUCGCGGGAAAGACAAACUGCAGCAACACGGGAAAAGGCCAACGAUCUAACAAACUUAUCAGUAUUAUAAAGAAACUAUAUUCCAGAUCGUCUUCUACUAGAGUGUAGGGAUGCUUUUCCGCUCAGUUGUUGACAGACGAGUCGGCAGACGAAGGCAGAACGCCCUUCCUGCAGAUCCUUGGCCUAAAUACCCUCUGAGCUCUCUGCUAGCAGGCUACCAGUGUGUUCGCCAUGAUGAGCACAUCUCCUAUGGGAACCUGGGUGAAUCUGUGCCACCGUUUGGACUCUCUUUCUCUUCUGCGAGGGACAUGCAGAAUGUCCUUGCAGUAGCUAAUGAAGAAGGCAUUGUAAGGAUCUACAACACAGAGAGCCGUGAAAACCCACUACUUAAAGAAUGGCUGGCUCAUGAGAAUGCUGUCUUUGACGUAGCAUGGGUACCAGGGGAGUCUCAGCUGGUGACUGCUGCAGGUGACCAGAUGGCCAGGUUGUGGGAUGUGAAGUCAGGGGAGAUGUUGGGCGGCUUUAAGGGCCACCUCUGCAGCCUUAAAUCUGUUGCUUUCGCACCGCAGGAGAAAGCUGUGUUCUGUACUGGAGCCAGAGAUGGAAAUAUUAUGGUCUGGGACACCAGGUGCAGCAAAAAAGAUGGUUUCUACAGACAGGUGAAACGGAUCAAUGGUGCUCACAACAAAGCAGAGACGAACCCCUUGUCUAAAACAAGGAAGAGGCGGCCCGGCGUACGUGGUUUGGCUCCCAGUGUGGACACCCAGCAGAGUGUCACAGUGGUUUUGUUUCGGGAUGAGCACACCCUCAUCUCUUCUGGGGCUGUGGAUGGUGUAAUCAAGAUGUGGGAUCUGAGGAAGAACUACGCUGUGCACCGCCACGAUCCGGUCCCACUGCAGACCUAUCCAUACCCGGGUUCUUCUAUGCGCAUGAGAUUGGGUUAUUCCGGUCUUGUCCUGGACUCCGCAAGAUCCAACGUCAUGUCCAACUGCACUGACGACUGCAUCUACAUGUUCAAUGUCAGUGGAAUAAAAACAACACCAGUGGCAGUUUUCAGUGGUCACCAAAACUCCUCGUUCUACAUCAAGUCCACGAUUAGCCCAGAUGACCAGUUCUUGGCCAGUGGUUCAAGUGACAAUCACACAUACAUCUGGAAGAUCUCUGAUCCGAAACAUCCUCCAAUGAUGCUUCAAGGCCACAAUGAGGAAGUGACAUCGGUUGCAUGGUGCCCAAAUGAUUUCACUAAGAUUGCUUCCUGUUCUGAUGACCACACUGUGCGGAUCUGGCGGCUUCACCGGGAAAUGGAUGGAAUACAGUCUUCAGUGGGAGAGGCUAAUCUUGUAGGCUGGGCACAUCCUAAGUCUCCAAACCCUUCAAGCCAAGCUGAGACAACCCCUGCCAAGAACCAGAGGACAGAGAGUCUUGGAGGACUAGCCUCACCCCAGCUAGCUGCCUGUGCACCCAGCGGGGCCGCCUUGCCUCUACCCUCCAGCACCACUUCACCCGUCCAUUCUCAGGACGCCAAAGCCACCCCUGUUCGCCAGAGAACACCGUGUUCCAUCAAACAGUGGUUGUCCCCCAGCCAUGGAUCUCCAAGUCAGGUCAGCCCCCAGCUGCGUAGGGUACUAAGCCCUUGUCCCCAGAGCCCGGCGAGCUGCAGCACCUCUCCCACAGAGCGACGGGCCAAACGCAGGCUGGAGACCGGUGAAGGUUCAUCUGCUAGCUGCGAGGACGCAGAGCAGUGCGACUGUGUUACAGAACUCUACCCCGUGGCCAAGAAAAGCCGGGCCCUGUCCGGUAUCUGCUGCCCUGCUCAGGAGAGCUGGGUACAAACAAACUGUCACACAGAGGACAAACAAGUCUCAUUAAGACAGAUUGGCAAGGAGAACUGCUCUCCCAGAGCGACAGACUGGUUGUCAGCAAUGGGUCAAAAAAUGAAGAAAGGUCAUGGAAGCUCUAGUACUCCCCGAAGCCCCAGUUCCUCAAAGAAACAGGAAGGCAAGACACCAGCUUCACCGACCAUCCGCUCACCACAGAACAUGAAGAAAAUCUCCACAUAUUUCACAAGAAGGCCCAUGGAGUGACCUACUUGAGCUAAUCUGAUGUUUUGUGCUUCUGUUUAAAAUGCUAUAUUUUUAUUUUAUUGGCAAUUUUUAACAGGAACCAACAGAUACAUGCAUCUAAGACAACUAACCUAUGUCUAGAUUACAUGACUAUGUGACCCUGAGCUGCAUGCAGAAUGACAAAACAGUCAUUUGGAAUAUUUGAUGCUGCAGUUUUCACAUUAUGAGAGGCUGCCUUUUAUUUUAAUUGGGUCAUAGGUUUUGCCGUUGCCUCCUACACAGAUUUCUGGUGCUGUGCACAAUCUCUGGAUGAGAAAUCAAGUUGGAUGUUGCAGAGUAAAUCUUUCAUUUUACUCAAACCAAACCACUUUAAGAGAUGCAAUAGAGUUAAACACAACAGCCCACAUUUGAUGAAGCUGUUAAAGAGGUAAACCAAAUAUUUAUCUCCUAGUGCAGACAAAAAUCUUUGUCCACAAGUGUGGAAAUAUUUAAUUCUGCUAAAAAAACAUCCACAUCUUAGAGCCUUUUUAUGAAUUUCACUCAAUUUUAUUAUGAAAGCUGGUCAAAGAUCAGCUCUGUAACAUUAUGUAAGCAAACCGUUUCUGUCUUCAUCGUUUUGUGGGUUGUUUCAUGUGUGGAUUUUUUUUUUCUUGAACAAAUACUUCAGUUGUUUAUAUGUACAAAAUAACCAAUGAUUGUUGCUUGGUUUGUUUGUAUUUAAUUGAUGCAAUUAUACUGUGGUUAGAAUUUAUUAAAUUGAAAAUAGUUUUCAAAGUCUGUGCCAUGUUCUUGGCUGCAUAUUUUCGGUGUCAUCCAUGUGUUUGUCAUUACCAGUGCUUAGUGGUGAGACACAAGUGACAGUGAUGAGCUCAAUAUCUUUUAGAAAUAGAAUAAAGUUCGGUUUUCUAUUGGUUUAUUUCAUUUUAUGUAUAUGGAACUGCUAAAAAUGAUAA